UGAACGGUAACGCCGCAACGGUCGUUAAUUUAGCACACGAGUAGACUAGGGCUAAUUUCACACGUUCAGUUUUCCUCAACUGACAGGUCAGAUAAUUAUCAGCCUUAUUUCUCUGUUUCAAUAUUUCUCUCUCUAUCUAUCCACUUUGGGAAGGCGCUUUUUAUCAGCGCUGCUCGUCCUCCUCACCGCCUUGUUCAGCUUUUGUUCUUUCUUCCGACCUACUCCACUUUUUUCACUCUCCGUCUCUGUCUCUCUUCUUUUGACCGUGAAUACUCGCAGAACACUCGCUCUCUUGCUGAUCUUUCUGGGGGUAAUGCGAGUGCAGUUUCUUUCCGGCUAGAUUUGGCCGUAGAAUGGCAUACAUGUGUACGGACAGCGGCAACCUCAUGGCAAUUGCUCAGCAAGUCAUCAACCAGAAGCAACAGCGAGAGGAACAACAGCACCAUGCUCACCACCACCAGCAACAACAACAGCUCGUGGGCGUCAAUCCGCUCUCCCUAAAUCCAUGGACAAAUAGUACUCACCACACCUUGUCCGGCUCUCCGAGUUCGGGUUUUGGCCUCACUGGUACCGGGUUCCCCGACCAGUUUCACGUCAGCGGUGGACCAGAUUCUGUCGAGCCAGGGUUUCAGUUUGCCAACUUGGAGCAUCACUCGACCGGGUUUAGGUUUGCGGAUUUUGGCGGUGGUGCGGGUGGUGAGUUCGACUCCGACGAGUGGAUGGACAGCUUAAUGGGCGGUGGGGAUUCAACGGAUAGUUCCAAUCUGCCCACCGGGUAUGAAGCAUGGCAGAACAAUGCCGAUUAUGGAAUCUACGGUUCCGAUCCGUUUGCCACCCGCCCCAGUCGACUAAGCGUCGCUUGCGGUCCUCCGUCCGACCUCAACCGAUUCGUCUUCCCAGAUACUCAGAAGAGUCCUACUCCAAACCCUUCUCCUCAACCCCAGGUCCCCUCGUGGACACCACCUCCAUCACCACCAGCGCCGUCAUCUCCACCGGCGAUAAUUAAGGAAGCCAAGCCGCCGAACACUUCACUGCAGAGCCCACACAGGAAUGACGUUGGUGGUGUCUCAUCUAGCCACUCACCGGAAGUCGAGUCUGCACGGCCUCUUCUCAAAAAGCUCCUCGAUUGUGCGAGACUAGCCGAUUCGGAACCUGGUCGUGCUGUGAAAUCACUUAUUGGACUCGGAAAAUUAGUGUCCGAGCGUGGAGAUCCAACCGAGAGGGUAGCCUAUCACUUCUAUCAGGCGCUAUGUGGCAGGCUGUCUGUUCAAACUGACAAAAGCUCGACUGUCACUGAAGAAGAGAGCGCGUCCGAGGAUUUCACACUGACUUACAAAUCUCUUAACGAUGCGUGCCCAUACUCAAAGUUUGCACAUUUGACAGCAAACCAAGCAAUCCUUGAAGCUACAGACGGGGCAACCAAGAUUCACAUAGUAGAUUUCGGCAUCGUUCAAGGGGUUCAAUGGGCAGCGCUUCUACAAGCUCUGGCGACCCGUUCCACCGGAAAGCCCACUACGAUUCGCAUCUCAGGCAUACCCGCCCCGGCCCUCGGUAAAUCCCCGGCUGCUUCCCUAUUCGCAACCGGAAACCGGCUACGCGAAUUUGCUGAUAUCCUCAAGAUGAAUUUCUUGUUCGAGCCUGUCCUGACCCCGAUUGAGGAGCUCGACGAGUCAAGCUUCCGAGUCGAGCCGGAUGAGGUCUUGGCAGUAAACUUCAUGCUUCAGCUAUACAAUUUGUUAGACGAAACUCCCGUCGCCGUCGAAACGGCUCUUCGGCUGGCCAAGUCGCUGAGUCCAAAAAUUGUUACUUUGGGGGAAUACGAAGUAAGUUUAAACGGUGUCGGGUUCUUUCAGCGGUUCAAGAACGCGUCGAGGUUCUACUCGGCCUUCUUCGAAUCGCUGGAGCCCAACUUGACCCGAGACUGCCCCGAGAGGCUCCAAGUGGAGAGACAAUUACUUGGCCGUCGAAUCGCAGGUGUAAUUCAAGCUGAGGAGCCGGGAAGCAGCAAGAGAGAACGUAUGGAGGACAAAGAGCACUGGAGGAUUUUGAUGGAAAGUUGUGGUUUUGAGCCUGUAGCCCUCAGCCAUUACGCAGUGAGUCAGGCUAAGAUUCUCUUAUGGAACUACAAUUACAGUUCCUCGUAUUCUCUAAUCGAAUCUACGCCUGGGUUUUUCUCUCUGGCAUGGAAUCAAGUCCCACUUCUGACUGUUUCUUCAUGGCGUUGAUUGGUUUGUUCUCAGCUCGAAUCUCUUUUCUCCGAUGCGGAAAUUAAUGUUUUGACGAUCGGGUCGUGGAAAUUAGCCGUGCUUUAAUCUCUCUGUGUGUUUAUUUUUGCUUGGCUCUUGAUUUUCAGGUUUUAGAAUAUCUCGU